GAUUUUUUUCUCACAACCCGUGAACCCUCCCUGGUCGUGUAAAUCGCCUCACACUUCCCAGUUUUAUUCUGAUAUUGAGAAACAGCGUUAACGAAAUAUAAAAAAAAUGUCCGGAUCGUUGAUACUCUUCCUCGCUUUGGCUAUUCCUUAUAUCGUGACCGCCGAUGUUGAACUCUACUCCGAUAAGUAUGACGACAUCGAUGCUAUUGCUAUUUUGAAUGACGAUGUUCAGAGAGAACAAUACUACGGAUGCUUCAUGGAUACCGCACCGUGUCUCUCAGAAGGCGCUGCUUAUUUCAAAGGUAAUUUGCCGGAAGUCCUAGUGACGAAAUGUGCGAAAUGUACUGUCAAGCAGCAACAGAUGUUCGACGACAUAGUGGACUGGUACACGAAAAAUGACGAGGCAAAGUGGAACGCUCUGGUAGCGAAGAAUCUCGAAGACGCCAAAAGGAUGAAGGUUGCAGCUGGACGCAAGUGAUUUGAUCUAGUGAAAAAAGAGUAUUCGACCGUUCGCGAUCACGUCAAAAUUAAACGUAAAAUUUUACGCUCUUCAAAUGCCUGUCAUUAUUGAAUUAUUGCUGAUUUUUAGUCGAGGAACAUUGAAAAUGCGGAGUAACCGCAUUUCGUUCUAUUGCUAAGAUCACGAUCGGGGUUCAUUGUACGAAUAACGGUAGCACGAAUAAACAUUUUUUUUUUCUUCGAAA